AUUGCCUUAGAAAAAUUGGUAAGCCCGAUUGAAAUGUCCAACGUUUAAGUCGCCACGUGUUUUUUGAAAGGUCUAACGUUUCUCAAUUUCCUCAGCCGCCGCGGCCAGCAUCAACUUCAACCAAUUAAUGCGAUUGUAAUGGAUUUGUGGGCCUUUGUGGCAAGAGAAGACAACCUCCUUCAAGGUGUCGGUCGGACUUCCAUCACUGGAACUGUAUUCCCGUUCACACAGAAACGAAGAAUUCGUCUCCAGUCUCUACACACUCCAUCAGAAUCGUUCGCACGAGGUGCACGGAUAGUAGGAUCAUAUCAUUGGACAGUCCAUUUCCCCACAUCGUGUGGGGUGGGGCCUUGGAGUUGGGAAUGCCAGUGGGGCGGUAUUGGUUUUGCAUUUGAUGACGUUGAUGUCAUAGAGGAAGGAACACUAAUUGCAGUCAUUGGGCACCAAAGAUUGCAAGGUGAGGAGUCCAUAAUCCAAGAGAAGAGGAAAGCUGUUCUCACAUAUAUUUUGAUUGCUGCUCAGUAAGUUUGGGAUUCAUAGCUAGUAGCUGGGAAGUUGAAUGGAGUAGGCUCAGGAGAAUUUGUGGAUUGAGGAACAAUAGAACUAGGAAUCUAUGCAAGGUGUUGAUCAUGACUUUAUAAUUGAUCUGCAUAGGAAAGUUGUUUUCACUAGAAUAUUUUUAGAACAGGAAUCAUUACACAAGUACAGACUAUUGAGUGUAUAGGGAAAUUUUUAGGGUUUAUUCAAGGUGGUAGACAAUAAAUAGUAUAAGAGUGGUAUGGGAUUUCCAUGGAGAUGCCUGGGAGGUUUUUGUAUUUUUUUUCUUUUUAGGCUAUGUAUCCUGCAUUUUUUUUAGAAAUUUUAAAUGAAAUUAC